AUGAGACGCCGGCCUGCUAGAUGCUAUCGUUACUGCAAUAAUAAGCCAUACCCCAAGUCACGCUUCUGUCGUGGUGUGCCUGAUCCAAAGAUCCGAAUUUUUUAUUUGGGCCGCAAGAGAGCCAGAGUGGAUGAGUUUCCCCUCUGCGUGCACAUGAUCUCUGACGAGUACGAACAGCUCUCGUCUGAAGCCUUGGAAGCUGGUCGUAUCUGUGCCAACAAAUACCUGGUAAAGAAUUGUGGUAAAGAUGCUUUCCACCUACGAGUUCGUUUGCACCCCUUCCACAUCAACCGCAUUAACAAGAUGUUGUCGUGCGCUGGAGCUGAUAGGCUUCAGACAGGUAUGAGAGGAGCUUUUGGGAAACCCCAAGGAACAGUUGCACGAGUCCACAUUGGUCAGCCAAUAAUGUCGGUGCGUGCCCGUGAAAACCAGGAGGUUGCUGUUGUUGAGGCUCUGCGUCGUGCAAAGUUCAAGUACCCAGGCAGACAAAAGAUUGUUGUCUCCAAGAAAUGGGGCUUCACUAAGUACUCCCGCCAGGAGUUUGAGCGCAUGAGGGCUGAUGGUCUGUUGGUCCCUGAUGGUGUCGGCGUCCAGUACAAGCCAAACCACGGUCCACUUGAUGCAUGGAAGAAGAGGGUGUCUGCAGUGGAGCGCUAA